AUGGAAGCCAUGUCCACGGAAAAGAAAUUAAUUACGAGAGAUGAUUGGGAGAAGAGGCUAAAUGAUGUAAAGAUUAGAAAAGAAGAUACAGAUAGAUUGGUAAUGAAUUUUCUAGUUACAGAGGGUUAUGCAGAAGCUGCAGAGAAGUUCAAAAUGGAAUCAGGGACGGAACCUGAGAUUGAUCUUGCUACCAUCAAGGACCGGAUGGCUGUAAAUAAGGCUGUGCAGUCUGGUAAUGUGGAGGAUGCAAUCGAGAUGGUUAACGAUUUGAAUCCCGAGAUAUUAGAUACGAAUCCCCAACUCCUUUUCCAUCGCCAACAGCAAAGGCUGAUAGAAUUGAUAAGGAAUGGAAAGGUUGAAGAAGCUUUGGAGUUUGCUCAAGAGGAACUAGCUCCAAUGGGAGAAGAAAAUCAAAGCUUCUUAGAAGAUUUGGAGAAAACUGUUGCAUUGCUAGCUUUCGAAGAUGUAUCUAAAUGCCCAGCUGGAGAGCUUCUAGAUGUAUCCCAGCGCUUAAAGACCGCAAGCGAAGUAAAUGCGGCAAUUCUCACCAGCCAAAAUCAUGAAAAGGAUCCGAAGCUUCCAAGCCUAUUGAAGAUGUUGAUAUGGGUACAGGACCAGCUUGAUGAAAAAGUUUAUUACCCUCGCAUAACCAAUCUGUCGACUGCAGCACUUGAAAAUCCUGCUGUCUAAAAUACGAUGCAAGUUCCCUUCCCU